UGCCGGCCGCAGCCAGGGCGGCCCGGGGUCGGCCAGCUCGAGGAGCGCCGUCGCGGGCCGCCUAAGCGUCUCCCAUGGGCGAGGUAGGCGGCUUCCUGGGCUCCCUGGAGCUGCACGGCUUCUCGGGCUCCCUCGGGGCCGCGCCGCUGCCGGACUCGCCGAGCUUCCUGACGGAGCUGGGGCAGAUCGAGGGCCGACUGCAGCGGGGCUCGCCCACCGACUUCGCCCACCUGAAGGGCAUCCUGCGCCGCCGCCAGCUCUACUGCCGGAUGGGCUUCCACCUGGAGCUCUUCCCCAACGGCACCGUGCGCGGCACCCGCCAGGACCACAGCCGCUUCGGAAUUUUGGAGUUUAUAAGUUUGGCCGUAGGACUGGUUAGUAUCCGUGGAGUGGAUUCUGGCCUUUAUCUUGGAAUGAAUGAGAGAGGGGAGCUGUAUGGAUCGAAGAAGCUCACACGGGAGUGUGUUUUCCGCGAGCAAUUUGAAGAAAACUGGUAUAACACCUACGCCUCGACCCUCUACAAGCACACGGACUCUGAGCGACAAUAUUACAUCGCUUUGAACAAAGAUGGGUCUCCCCGGGAAGGAUUCAGGACUAAGAGACACCAAAAAUUUACUCAUUUUUUACCCCGGCCGGUAGAUCCUGCUAAGAUACCUGCUGUGUACAGAGACCUUCUGCGCUACAGGUGAUACUUCCUGCAGCUUGAGAACAAAUAUGAAGGCACAUGAUUGUGUAACAUGCAUACAUGUACACAGUUGGGUUUCCAAAGUUUUUGCUGGAGCACUAUAAACCUAUGCUUUUCAUCCCUUCUGCAAACCUAGUUAACACAUAGAGAAGCCCUGAAUCCCUUGGCUUUCAAAGAAGGGUAGAACAAGGAUGGAUUUAGUCUCCACGGAGUGCAACGGGAUGGGGCAGAGCUUGGAAGCCUACAUAGGAUCGCUUUCUAAUUACUUGUACAAUUUGGUGGGCUAGAAAGAGGAAGCAGAUGAUACUGAGCAGAAGAGACAGUGUUUGACAACUACCAGCAACAUUGAUCCUAAGGCAUGGAACCAGGCACAGAAGAAUUCAGAAAUAAUUUGCAUUCUGCACCAAAUCUUGGAAAGCUUGCUUGCUAAACUGGCCCUUUGCAACUUGCCAGAGGUUGGUGAUCCGGAAUCUGAGAACUUGUGGACUUGCAUGGUAGUAAAGUGGAGAAUCCAACUCUAUGGGAAGUUUGGCUCCUCAGGAAGACGUGUGCAAAUGUGGCUUUACAUGUGUAAGCACACACCUCGACCUGCUUGUGUUUCCUUCCGUUGGAGUCUGAGAGUAGAAAGCAGGAGGUGAGGUUAAAGAACGAGAUGGAUUUUGAAGAUGUAAACACAAUACUGUUCAUAAGGACAAA